UAUAAAAAUCAAGUUAAUUAUUAUCUCCCAUUGGAUUCGGAAUUGACGUCCACCGAGAAAACCCACAGCUACUUGACAGCCUUUCCUUCCACUAUAAAUAGUAGACCAUCAUCUCUCAACGCGUAUUCCUUUUCACAAAACACGAAAAUUGCUCUCUACUCGUCCCCCAUAAGCCCUAACCCUAAUUUCGUUCAGAAUCUCUUCCCGAUUUACGAUUCUCGAUCAAAUUUCUGCUCUCUAAAGUUCGAUGGCGACUAAACCACUUACAACUGAAACAAUUGCUCUGACUGAGAAGAAGAUGGACAUGACAUUAGAUGACAUUAUUAAAAUGUCGAAAGUUGCUCCAAAGGGUAAGAAGCAGCAGCGAAGGGCUUCGAAUAAAGCCCAGAAUUUUGUAAAAGGUGCUGCUCAAGAUAAACCAGCAAAGCUGCUGCGCUUUAUGGACGCAAGAUCUUCCAUUAGACAGGGGGUUCUAGCUCAGAGAAGGUCAAAUUUCCAGGGGAACCAAUUUCCCAUUGCAGCUGAGGCUGCACGAAAGGCAGCAGUUGCUCCUCUUCGCAAUAGAGCUUUUAAUCGUAACCGGGUACCUAACUGGAAAGCAAGGGUUGGUGCUCCAAUUCUUCAGAGAAGGGCUGGAAAUGUUGGCUACGGUACUAAGCUGCCACUUCCGCAACAGCAGCAGCAGCAGCUUCGGCAGCAAGAGAAUGCACUUCCUAAGCAGAGGCCUCAAACACUCGAUUUGCUCUUUGCAAACAUGAAGGAGCAAAGGAUGAGGGCCCAACCACGCCAGAACAAUGCCGUACCUCGCAACAUUAGGGGUGUCCAGCAGAGGCCCCCUUGGAGAAGAGGCGGACGAUUUGGCAACUGAUUCAUACACAUAAUGUGCCAGCUAGAAAGGGUUUUUCUUCUUUUUUUCCUUGGUUCAAGAAGACAAGUGCUGGAAUUGAAUGUCUACUUUGUCUAGAUCCCAAUGUGUAGCUGAUGAGGGUUCAUAUCCAAAAUAUAUUGUGGCCGUCCGACUUUUGUUGCCUUUAUUUUUCCAUUUUUAUGACUUUGGAAGACUUUGUUUUCGAUCUUGUUUCAUUCACUCUCACAAUGUGUAUAUAUAUGGUAGCAGUCGCUUCUGUUACGGACAACUGUGUAAUUCAUGCUUUCAAAUACCAUUUUUUCUUGGUAUAAUCCAUGUUUUUAUAA